GCUGCCGAAAGGACGAAACUCGCGACGCCAGAUAAAUUACGCGUCGCGCGGAUCUAUCGUUACAUUCGGCUCGAAUCUUUUCCCCAGCUAACUGUUCGGAAAUUGCGCCUUUUUUCCGGCUCAGUUGCAUUCUGGAUAGUCGUUCCAGAUACUGGACGCAAAUCGAAGUUGGAAAAGUUAGUUGAUCUGGAGUUCGACAAAGUUUUUCGGUGCGGCUAAAAACGCCCCAGCUUUGGUAGAAACUUGGGAAUAUUUUUCAAACAUUACGGACAUAGUAACUGCUAAGGACGACAGUUCUGCUGACGUCCAUGACCCAAUAAUGACAGCGAAAGCCAAACGGCUCGCAGGUGCUGAACCAAUCCGAAGAGCCAACAAACCAUUGAUGGAGAAACGACGCAGAGCCAGAAUCAACCAGAGCUUGGCAGCCCUAAAAACAUUAAUUUUGGAUUCGGCGAAAGCCGACAAUACGAAGCAUUCGAAGUUGGAAAAGGCCGAUAUUCUCGAGCUGACCGUUCGCCAUUUCCAGAGGCACCGAAGUCUGGAUGUGAAGGGUAUUAAUCAGUACAAAGCGGGAUACGCCGAUUGUGUUCGGGAGGUGCAGAGGUAUUUGGAAACUCCCGAUGCCCAAACCAUGACUGUAAUUGAGUCGGGAGUUAGGCAACGAUUGCUGAGACAUUUGGAUAAUUGCGUUUCCGAAGUGGAUGUCGAUUUGAAGCAGGCGAUCACACUCGCUCCUCCUGUGGAAGAGCGGCUGCAACAUCCAGACUCAUCUACUUUAGAGGAGGUGAACAACAACACCAAUAGCCAACCCCCAAAGGUGGAAGUGAAAGCAGAAGACCCGAAAACUAUCAAGAAUUACGAUGGAAAUUUCGUGCUACUUCUUCCGGAGCAUUAUGUACAGCUGGCUAAUGCACUUGGCGUCAAUCUCAGACAAACCGGUGAUGGAUCUACAAGUCCGGGUCCUUCAGGGGAAAAAAGUGCUGCCAGUGAAGAAGUGAAGGUGAAAGUUGAGAAGCCUCUGGAUUACAGCAAGUCGAAUGAACAAGUUGAAAGCAUGUGGAGGCCGUGGUAAACACAGUUGCUCUCGAGAACUUUAUCGUCAUACCCAUAGCUGAUUUUGAUGUUCAAACAAAACCCCUAGUCAUAUUCAUGUAGUAGUCGGAGAUAUUAUGCCUUGGUUGUGAAACAAUUUCGGGAAAUGACUUCAAUUCAUGAAUUCAUCACUUAUAUAAUUCAGUUCGCGUAGCUUAUCAUAAAUGGAAGAGCGAAAUAUUUGUUCAGUUUUCAGUGCAAUAUUGAGUUUUUCAGUAGUGGUAGGUACAUAGUAUGUGAUAACCUAUAAUUAGUAUUCUGUUAAGUUUAUUUAAUUUUUUUCUACUUUAAUAUACCUAUAGACCACCGAUUGAUAAUCAUUUAGUUCUUCCGCAUCAUACAAGGCACACAAUUUGUAAAUAUAUACAUACAUAUAAAGCUAUUGUAAAUACAUUUCAAUAGAGAAGUUAUAUAACUGUAAAUGAUCUAAAUUGAUGUCGCCACAUUAAAUGGGAUUUGUUAGAGAGUUUUAUUGUUGAUUUUUAAAUAGACUUCAAUAUUAGUAGACA